UUUUUUAAAACUUAAAACGCCCUCCAGCUCCGGCGAACGCAGAUCGCGUAAAACCUCCAACGAUGACGACGAGCAUCCAUAUCACGGCGCUCGACGCCAUCGUGAACGUGAACUCUCUCUUCACGGUAGCCGUCUUCAUCGGGCUCGCCUGGACCGGGAACCCAACCGACCCAAACAACACACUCGUCGUGGACCCGGCCUGCUCCGCCACACCUAAAAUCGCGGAGGAUCUUAUUUCCUUCCAUGUCUACUCCUUCAGCUCUUUCCUCUUCUCAAGCCUUAUCGCCCUAGCUUUGAAGCAGGCCUUGCGGAUCACCCGGAACCCCGAAUUCCACCCGUCCGAGCUCUUCGCCCGCGUCAACAAACGCCUCUUCCGCGUCGGUAUGCUCGUGUCUGGUGCGGGUUCGGCUUUUGGGUGCGGGUUUUUGAUGAUGGCCUUGGUUGAUAUGGUGCAGAUCAAGUUGGGGACUUUGGCUUGUGGCAGUGGGCAUAGUUUCGCGGCGGUUGUUCCUCUCGUGAUCUUGGUUCCCAUCGCACUUUUGAGCUACGUGUGUGUGGUCUUGUACGCUUUUACACGAUAAACCUGGUUUUUAGAUCAGAGCUUCAUGAUUUGAUCUAUUGUACCAUUGUAUGAAUGAAUUAUGAGUAUUAUAUUGAUAAAAAUUGAACUUUGAGUUGUUGUGUAUGGGAAAAACCACUUGAAUAUGUGUCUUUUAUUUCUUUGUGAAGGGAAUUAUGCUUAAUGUUGAAGUUGACCUGUUUGAAAGAAGUUUUGUUCUGAUUAA